CGUGCGCCAUGCGAUCACACACCCUCGAUUCGACUUGCGAGCCUUUUCUUUCAACCUCGCAUCGUCGCCUUCAUUCCUCCAACGACUGACUGAGUGAGAGUUGAAUUGAAGAGGUCUUCGUCUUCCCCAAAUCUCCAUUUUUUCAGAAAUUUCACUGCAUUUCUCAGACGGAGCUUUCUGUAAUGAUCCGAGCUGUUGGGGGUUUGGAAAGAUCGGAGUAAUUUUGCUUUUGGGUUUCGUAUCUCUGUUUCAGAUGGAUGCACCCUCACAUAGAUUCUUGGAAGAGUUGCUUCAAUCCGCUGUCGAAAAUCAUGAGGAUGGUGGCGUUGUCAGUGAACAAUCUGUGCAGCCUGCAACAUGUGCUCUAUGCCAAAGGGCUAUUUUGCCCGAGAAUGAGGCGACUGAAGAUGUUGAAAUUAUGUGUGGGGACUGUAAAUUUCUGUACCUUGAAGAUCUUGGUACUCCCUCACAUGAUUCUUAUCAGAGGACGCCGCCUACGAGAAGAAGAGCUAGGACCAGCAGUUCUGAGUCACUUGAGAAUACUUUUUUGCAACAAUUCUCGCAUGUGAUUAAUCUGGUGCGGCAAAACCAAUCCCCUGGCGCUGGGCUUGAGGAACUACCUGUGGAUGGUGAUUCUGCUGCUACGAUACCGCGGCGCACAAGUAACCGUACUACACCAAGUGGGUCUAGAAGAUGGCGGCGGGUACUCUCGGAUACUGAAAGUGAGGGUUACGAAAAUGUGGAUUCUCUCUAUGGGGAAACUGAAUCAAAUCUCAGUUUUGGUCGGUACAGGGUAUUUCAUGGUGAGAAUGAUGCAAAUUCUUUUAGUGCGUAUGGAGGGGACUCUGAUGCUUCUGUGGACCUACAUGGUUUCCUAGAUAUUGAAACAGUUAUUCAACCAGAUGAGGGAAGUGCUUAUGAUAGUGAUACUGACAUUGACCCAAUGCAUGCUGGUCUUAGCCAGUGGAACUCAGAUGACGCUGAGGACGAUGAUGAUGAGGGGGAUGAAGAAGAUGAUGAAUGGGAAGAAGCUGGUGUUGAAGUAAACAUAGUUGAAUCUAGGGAAACCCCAGGUGGUCGGCUUCGUAAUCUUUUAGUUUCGAGUCCCGGCAGAAGUAAUGGCCCAUCCAAUUGGCGCCAACAAAUAUAUUCUCCUGAAUCUGAGGGUAUGAUUCGUUAUAGAAUGAGGGGAACCAAUCAAGUAUAUGACCUCUUUUCUAACGUGGAAGAAUCAGAGUUGCUGCCUUAUGUUGGAAAUUCUGGUGAUUAUCUUGAUGCUAGAGGCUUUGAAGAAUUGCUCGAGCAUCUUGCUGAGGUUGAUAGCUUAAGACGAGGAGCACCUCCAGCUUCUGUUUCCCUUGUGAAUAAUCUGCCUCGUGUUGUCAUUAGUAAGGAACAUAACAAGCAUGCUGACUUAGCCUGUGCAAUUUGCAAGGAUGUAUUGCCAAUUGGUACCGAAGUGAAUCAGCUUCCCUGCUCUCACCUGUAUCACUCUUCCUGUAUUUUGCCAUGGUUGAGUACACGGAAUACUUGUCCACUCUGUCGAUAUGAGCUACCAACAGAUGACAGAGACUACGAAGAGGGGAAACAGAACGUUGGUGCUAGAGCGGAGAUCCACAACGUCCGGCAGCAGAAUGCAAGUGAGGACAGUUCCUCCGGUGCUUUCAACAGAGCUGAUGAAGAUGAGGAUGAAGAGCAUGAGCAGAGUGCAGAAAAUAGGGAACCAGCCACUGAUGGCUCGAGAGGAGAAAAUGGGCGGGGGAGAUGGUUUUUUCUCGCUGCUGCUCCAAUUGUCAGUCUCGUGGGGAUUGUUCUUGUGCUGUGGUUAGGAAGUCCCCUGUUGGAAAGAAGACGACUGGCAGGAAACCAGAACUUUGCCAAUCAGGCCCGCCACCAGAGUCAUGUCACCGGCGCCUCACCCCACCACAGGGAGAACAGAAGCCGACCAUGGUGGUCACUUUUCUGAGGGGAAUUCUUGAAAAUGUAGUAAAUAUCUAUCUAAAUUUGGUGUUUCUGCUUUCCCGAGUCCGGACUAUUGUCUAUUUGACCUGUAGCUGUCGUUCUGUAGCAGACCUUCAGUGAGGUUUUCGGAUUGUUGUCGAAUCAUGUAUAAAUUUGUUCCUUUUUAAAUGUACCUGUUCACGUUUUACGACCAAAUGUGAGUUUAGUGUUCAAUGUAGUGCAGGUUGAACUUUCCUCACACCUCUCCUUGGAUAUGGAUUUUGUUUGAUCA